ACAUCUGCCCCGCGUGAAAGACGAGAAUAGAGUUGCAUUCGCGGAACAAGUCGUUGGAUUUGUACUAGAGAGGAUGGCCGAAAGCGAUCUUGAACUUUCAAAAUCUUAUGGUACUCUGCGUCAUGAACCUCAGCCUUAUGUGCCAUCAAAUCCAAUCCAUGAGAAUGACAUUGAAAGGUUACUGUCAGUGGAAAGUGAAGAAAUGGAAGGCACAUGGUCGCGCGUGAAAAAAACUAAAGAUGCAGAAGUCUGGAGAAGGGAAGCAAAUGAAGAAGGUUUUCCCCCAAUUACAAAGGCUGUGUUACGUCUAGAAGAUGUUCCAUUUAAGACAGCUGUGAAACUGAUGACAGAUUGGAAAUUGCGACAAGAAUGGGACAAAACUGCAUCAGUUGUGGAUGUUUUGGACAGAAUAGGAAACUUCAAAGUGGUUUACAACCGUCUGAAGAUGCCUCUGUUUUGUACCAAGAGAGAUGUUGUACUGGCAUCACUGGAGCGUUAUGAUUCAGACCAGCAUUGCUAUAUUCUAGCAUUGCGUAGCACAGAACACCCUCUCAUGAAAGAUUCAGUCAAGUCAAACUUUGUGAGGGCUGAGACCAUCCUGUCAGGCACAAUAAUCCGUCCAGUGGAUGAUGGUUCAACAUCUUCUACUGUCACUGUCAUUACACAGAUGAAACUCAUGGGUUCAGCUCCUCAAUUCAUCAAGAACAGUUAUUUGGCCUGUAGCCCUGUGAAACGAAUGCAGCUGAUGAGGAAGUUUUAUCUGAAAUGCCAAACUGAUGCAGACUUGAAUUUGAGUUUGAGUGGCAGUGAGAAAGACAUCAAGAUGAGUCCAUUUAUCAGCACUCGCAAGACCAAGUCAUCCACGGGAAGUAUUAAUUUUGUCACAGAUGACUAAUUAUACUUACUAGAUCGAAAUUUGAAAUUAAUGGCAAGCUAGGCCAGGUAUUUGUAGUUAUAUUUAUUUUCUUUGCAGUAUAUUUUAAUGUUACUGUGGUAUCUUACUGUGAGAACAACUAGUUUCAAUUGGGAUGUAAAUGUAUUGUUACGUUUUAAAGUAAAGUUAAAAUUAAGUUAGUAAUUAGGUUUAAUUUUUAAUUAAUAACAGUCCAACUAAUCAAGUGGAUGAUUGGUCAACUGUAUCGUAGAAAGAAGGAUAAAAGUCCCCAAACGUAGUUGUAUAAAUUAUUCUCAUUGAUGAUCAGGCUUCAGGAAUAUUUGAAUACUUAUUAAGUGAUGAAUAUUUUGAGAGUAUUUGACAUGUACUCUGGGUUGGAGCUACAGUACAAGAAAUGUUGAUUAAUGGA